ACUACAUAUAAUACAUUUUUUUGAUAUCCAAGAAAUAGAAUCUGUAUUGUCUGUACCGAAGCUGUUGUCUAAGCCUGAAUUUUGAUUAUAAGAUAAUUAAAGAUUACUUUAUUGAUUUUUAUUAUAUUUCCAAUUGUUUUUCUAAUUUGGUGUGUUGGUGCCCAGUGGAUUUUCCUGUCCUGUCAAUAAAUUGUGUAAAUACAUAAUUACUGAGGGUGGUUGCCUAAAUUCUGUAGGUAUAGCAUAAAGUCUAGCUUUUCUAAACAUUUCCUUUGCUUGUGCGUCAGUCAACGGCUUCUUCUUUUUCUGUACUUUUUUUGUUCCUCUUGGACAAAAUUUACAUUUUCUUAAUAUUUUCCAUCUACAUAACCUGUCCAUUAUUGAAGGACGAACAUUUUUCGAACAAUAUUUGAAUCUCUUGAAAAUUCCAUAUGAACAUAAUCUGUCCUUUAUGGAAGGACGAACAUAUUUCGAACAAUAUUUGAAUCUCUUGCAAACUCGGUAUGCACAUAAUCUGUCCUUUAUGGAAGGCCGAACUGGUUUUAUUUUAUUUGGACAAUAUUUUAAUUUAUUGAUCAAUCUGCAUGCGCAUAAUCUGUCCUUUAUGGAAGGACGAGCAGAUUUCGAACAAUAUUUGAAUCUUUGGCAAACUCCGUAUGCACAUAAUCUGUCCUUCAUGGAAGGACGAACAUAUUUCGAACAAUAUUUCAAACUAUUGAAAAUUUUCCAUUUACAUAAUCUCUCCUUUAUGGAAGGACGACUCGAACAAUAUUUCAAUCUCUUGCAAACUUCGUAUGCACAUAAUCUGUCCUUUAUGGAAGGACGAGCAUAUUUCGCACAAUAUUUUAAUCUCUUGCAAACUCCGCAUGCGCAUAAUCUCUCCUUUAUGGAAGGACGACUGGAACAAUAUUUCAAUUUAUUGAAAAUCCUGCAUUUACAUAAUCUCUCCUUUAUGGAAGGACGACUCGAACAAUAUUUCAAUCUCUUGCAAACUCCGUAUGCACAUAAUCUGUCUUUCAUGGAAGACCGAACAUAUUUCGAACAAUAUUUCAAUCUAUUGAAAAUUCUCCAUUUACAUAAUCUCUCCUUUAUGGAAGGACGAACUGGUUUUAUUUUAUUUGGACAAUAUUUCAACUUAUUAAUCAAUCUGCAUGCGCAUAAUCUGUCCCUUAUGGAAGGUCGAUUAUAUUCCGAACAAUAUUUCAAUCUCUUACAAACUCCGCAUGCGCAUAAUCUUUCCUUUAUGGAAGAACGAGCAUAUUUCGAACAAUAUUUCAAUCUAUUGAAAAUUCUCCAUUUACAUAAUCUCUCCUUUAUGGAAGGACGAACUGGUUUUAUUUUAUUUGGACAAUAUUUCGAUUUAUUAAUCAAUUUGCAUGCGCAUAAUCUGUCCUUUAUGGAAGGACGAACUGGUUUUAUUUUAUUUGGACAAUAUUUCAAUUUAUUAAUCAAUCUGCAUGCGCAUAAUCUUUCCUUUAUAGAAGGACGAGCAUAUUUCGAACAAUAUUUCAAUCUCUUGCAAAUUCCACAUUUACAUAAUCUCUCCUUUAUGGAAGGACGAACUGGUCUUAUUUUAUUUGGACAAUAUUUCACUUUAUUAAUCAAUCUGCAUGCGCAUAAUCUGUCCUUUAUGGAAGGACGGACGGGUUUUAUUUUAUUUGGACAAUAUUUCAAUUUAUUAAUCAAUCUGCAUGCGCAUAAUCUGUCCUUUAUAGAAGGACGAGCAUAUUUCGAACAAUAUUUGAAUCUCUUGCAAAUUCCACAUUUACAUAAUCUCUCCUUCAUGGAAGGCCGAUUAUAUUCCGAACAAUAUUUCAAUCUCUUGCAAACUCCGCAUGCGCAUAAUCUGUCCUUUAGAGAAGGACGAACAUAUUUCGAACAAUAUUUUAAUCUAUUGAAAAUUCUCCAAUUACAUAAUCUCUCCUUUAUGGAAGGUCGAACUGGUCUUAUUUUAUUUGGACAAUAUUUCAAUUUGUUAAUCAAUUUGCAUGCGCAUAAUCUGUCCUUAAUUGAAGGACGAACUGGUUUUAUUUUAUUUGGACAAUAUUUCAAUUUAUUAAUCAAUCUGCAUGCGCAUAAUCUGUCCUUUAUGGAAGGACGAACUGGUCUUAUUUUAUUUGGACAAUAUUUCAAUUUAUUAAUCAAUCUGCAUGCGCAUAAUCUGUCCUUUAUGGAAGGACGAACAUAUUUCGAACAAUAUUUAAAUUUCUUGCCAACUCCGUAUGCACAUAAUCUGUCCUUCAUGGAAGCCCGAACAUAUUUCGAACAAUAUUUUAAUCUAUUGAAAAUUCUCCAUGUACAUAAUCUCUCUUUUAUGGAAGGACGAACUGGUUUUAUUUUAUUUGGACAAUAUUUCGAUUUAUUAAUCAAUCUGCAUGCGCAUAAUCUGUCCUUUAUGGAAGGACGAACUGGUCUUAUUUUAUUUGGACAAUAUUUCAAUUUAUUAAUCAAUCUACAUGCGCAUAAUCUAUCCUUUAUGGAAGGUCGAACAUAUUUCGAACAAUAUUUGAAUCUCUUGCCAACUCCGUAUGCACAUAAUCUGUCCUUCAUGGAAGCCCGAACAUAUUUCGAGCAAUAUUUUAAUCUAUUGAAAAUUCUCCAUGUACAUAAUCUCUCUUUUAUGGAAGGACUAACUGGUUUUAUUUUAUUUGGACAAUAUUUCGAUUUAUUAAUCAAUCUGCAUGCGCAUAAUCUGUCCUUUAUGGAAGGACGAGCAUAUUUCGAACAAUAUUUCAACCUCUUGCAAACUCCACAUUUACAUAAUCUCUCCUUCAUAGAAGAACGAACAGAUUUCGAACAAUAUUUGAAUCUCUUGCAAACUCCGCAUGCACAUAUUCUGUCCUUCAUGGAGGAACGAACAUAUUUCGAACAAUACUUCAAUCUAUUGAAAAUUCUCCAUUUACAUAAUCUCUCCUUUAUGGAAGGACGAACUGGUUUUAUUUUAUUUGGACAAUAUUUCAAUUUAUUAAUCAAUCUGCAUGCGCAUAAUCUGUCCUUUAUGGAAGGACGAGCAUAUUUCGAACAAUAUUUCAAUCUCCUGCAAAUUCUCCAUUUACAUAAUCUCUCCUUUAUGGAAGGACGAACUGGUUUUAUUUUAUUUGGACAAUAUUUCAAUUUGUUAAUCAAUCUGCAUGCGCAUAAUCUCUCCUUUAUGGAAGGACCAACUGGUUUGAUUUUAGUUCUACAUGAACAUAAUAUGUCCAUUAUGGAACGCCGAGCAGGUUUUAUUUUGGGAUGAGCAGGUUUUAUUUUGGGACAAGCAGGUUUUAUUUUAGGACUAGUUUGAACAAGUUUCGCCACUUUAGUGGAACUAGUUCGAGGAAUAGUUUUAGAGGGAGAAGUUUGAUCAGUAGUUAUUUUCUGAGAACAAUAUUUCAUUCUGCAGAAAAUUCUGCAUUUACAUAAUCUUUCUGUUAUGGAUGGAGCAGAUUUAAAUUUCAAACAAUAUUUCAAUCUUUUGAAAAUUCUCCAUGUACAUAAUCUCUCCAUUAUGGAGGCCCUAGUAGUCGAAGCCUUACAUUUUCUAGUUUUCAAGUAGUGCUUUGUUUUCUGAACGGAUACUGUACAUAUGAUGGCCAAGAUAAGUAUACCCACAAUUAUAGCAGCAAUACGACGAUUU